UGUCAAAAUGUUUGUUGUUUACGGUGUUUAUCAGCUGUUUCGGCUGAUAGAGUUUGUGUACAUUUUCGUUAUAUUUACAUUGUUUGCUUGGGUGCUACUUACAUUCGAUAGCACCGAGAUGAGUUCAGAUGAGAAACUAGUUUCCGUAGAUUUUGAGGUCUUUGGCAGAGUCCAAGGGGUAUUUUUCCGCAAGUAUACCGAACAACAAGCCAAGCGUCUAGGACUGAGAGGUUGGUGUAUGAAUACCGUACAGGAUACUGUCAAAGGAGUUAUAGAAGGAAGUCCGUCUAAGGUUGCCGAGAUGAAGCAAUGGUUAGAGAGGACGGGUAGUCCCCAGUCUAGAAUCGACAGGGCAGUGUUCAGUAAAGAAAAGGAUAUCGGCAAGUUCUCGUAUGACAGCUUUAAAAUCAAACGAUAAUUUGACAGACGUCUAGAAAAAAUUCAAGUAUGUAAUAAUUUAAUUAUUUAUUAUUCAGUAUUAAAAUAUUUAAAAACUG